AUGAUUCAUAUAAUUAUCUAUCUAUCUAUCUAUCUAUCUAUCUAUCUAUCUGUUACCAUAGCACGCUGGAAAAACGGAUUUGUUCACUCCGAUAUUCUUUUAAUUGUUCAAGUGGAAAAAAGAAAUGUUCACUCCGAUAUUCUUUUCUUUGUUCAAGGGGGAAAAAGAUUCGUUCACUCCGAUACACUUUUCUUUGUUCAAGUUGAAAAAAAAAAAAGAUUAUUUCACACCGAUACUCUUUUCUUUCUUCAAGUCGAGAAAAAGAUUUGUUCACUCCGAUACUCUUUUCUUUGUUUAAGUGGAAAAAAAGAUUAUUUCACUCCGAUACUAUUUUCUUUGUUCAAGUUGAAUAAAAGAUUCGUUCACUCCGAUAAACUUUUCUUUGUUCAAUGUAAAAAAAAAGAUUAUUUCAAACCGAUACUCUUUUCUUUGUUCAAGUGGAAAAAAGAUUCGUUCACGCCGACGCUCUUUUCUUUGUUCAAGUGUAAAAAAAGAUUAUUUCACUCCGAUACUCUUUUCUUUUUCAAGUGGAAAAAAAAUUCGUUCACUCCGAUACUCUUUUCUUUGUUCAAGUGGAAAAAAAAAGAUUUGUUCACUCCGAUACUCUUUUCUUUGUUCAAGUGGAAAAAAAAAGAUUAG